AUGGUCACAGACAGAGAAGAGUCGCCAACUGUUUGUCCGAUUUGCGAAAAUAUAAAAAAGGAAAUAUAAAAAAAAGUGCUGACGAAAAACCAAAGAUAUGCUGCACUCGAAACUAAUCUAUUCCGCAUAUAGGAGAUCAUUUGCGAAUAUUCUGUUGAAACCUGCUGCCAAUGGGUUAUUGUACUCCCUUCGAGCUAAGCGUUUCUUAAAUGAUCGUUCAAAACCGAAAGAUUCUACGCUACGGAAGAAUGGGUACUAUGGUUUGAUAGGAGCAGCAUCUUUCAUGGGGCUUUGUUACUACUAUACUUUGAAUGGGCGCCGAGCUUUUGCUAAGGAUCAAGAAAGUGAAAAGAUCCCUGUAGGCCCUGGAGAAUUUGAUAAUAGGUAUAAAUCGUAUAGUUUUGAGGAGGUAGCGAAACAUGAUAACAAGAAAGAUGGCAUCUGGGUGACGUACAAACGCGGUGUUUACGACAUAACGGAUUUUAUUGAUAAACAUCCUGGAGGAUCAGAGAAAAUAAGCAUGGCUGCUGGUGCGUCAAUUGAACCGUUUUGGAUCAUAUUUUCGAAUCACAAGAAACAUGAAAUCUUUGAGCUCCUGGAAUCUAUGAGGAUAGGAAAUACUUCUGAGGAAGAAGCUUUGCAAGACCUUGUAGAUGUAUAUGAUCCUUAUGCCAAGGAACCAAAGAGACACGAGGCUUUAAAAAUCAAUAACAAGCAACCUUUUAACGCUGAAACUCCUGCUCCUCUACUAAUUCAGAGUUUUCAUACAUCCACAGACCUGUUCUAUGUCAGAAAUCAUCUUCCAGUUCCUGAAAUAGAUGCAGCAAUGUACGAACUGGAAUUAGCUCGAGAGAAUGUGACAGAAAAAGUCCUCAAAUUGGAGGAUAUAAAAAAAUAUCCUAAGCAUAGCGUUGACUGCUCAAUAAUGUGUGCUGGCAACAGGAGAUCAGAAAUGACAGAGGUGAAGCCGGUGAAAGGCUUAAACUGGGGAGUAGGUGCAGUGGGAAAUGCAACUUGGUCCGGUGCCCGUCUCUGUGACAUUCUGAAUGACUUGAAUAUUCGAGAGGAAGAUUUUGAGCAUGUACAAUUCGAAGGGCUGGACUCGGAUCCUUCAAAUACUCCCUAUGGCUCGAGCAUACCUAUCAGUAAAGCAAUGGAUCCGAAAGGGGAUGUUAUCCUUGCAUAUGAAAUGAAUGGAGAGCCAUUACCCAGAGAUCACGGAUAUCCGAUCAGAGUUGUUGUUCCUGGAGUAGUUGGAGCCAGAAACGUAAAAUGGCUAGGGAGGAUUGUCAUCUCAAAACACGAGAGCGAUUCACAGUGGCAGCAGGGUGACUACAAAGGAUUCUCACCGAGUACAGAUUGGAAUAAUGUUGAUUUUUCUACAUCACCGGCAAUACAAGAACUCCCCGUUAUAUCUGCUAUUUGUGUACCGGAGCCUGGUGAUCAAGUGGUGCUUGAGAACGGGAAAAUUCAAGUAGAAGGGUAUGCGUGGUCUGGAGGUGGUCAAAAGAUCAUCAGAGUCGAUGUCACAGCCGACAAAGGAGAGUCGUGGCAAACUGCUCAAAUUCUACAACAAGAUACAGCGAAACCUGGACGCCACUGGAGCUGGACAUUAUGGCGCGCUCAAGUUCCGGUGAGAACUGGGGAGAAAGUCGUAGAGAUUUGGUCUAAGGCGGUCGACUCAUCGUACAACGUUCAACCAGAGUCAUUUAAGAAUAUUUGGAAUCUCAGAGGUGUACUGAACAAUGCCUACCAUAGAGUAAAAGUCGAACUGAAAAGUUUUUAUAUGGAAAGUAUGGAUACCUCUAUGGCUGUAUUGUGCUGGAGAUGUGUCUGGCACUUCAGACAAGUUGAUUCCGAAUGUAUCUCUCUUCUAGCUAGUGUAAAAAUGCUCAACGACUGGAAAGAUAACCUUAGAAUAUUCUACGCAAACUUGACGUGGUUUUACGUGGCGAGUAUAAUGAUUUCGUGCCUUGCCAUUGCCCUGGACAUUCAUGAAGAUGAUACGGACGACCGGGAACUAUCAACAGAGUCAACUGAACACAGCUUCCAAACGCAGUAUAAGUUAGCUAGACAAAAAUUAACAGAACAACCUCUGACGCCGGAGCAACGUUCCAAAGAAAGAGAGGCAGAGACACAACAGUUGACAGCUAUCUUAAAGCUUCUGCAACAGCAAAGCGACACCUUCCAGGUCUCUUCAAUGCAUCAACUAGAAGACCAGCUUAAACUUUACAGAAAAUUUUUCAAAAGCAAAACCAUAUCCUUGUACUAUUGCUAUUCGUCAACCAUGACGUCAGCUGAGCAGUUUAUAAGCCUCAUAACUGUGGCAAGUGCUAAAAAAUUAGCCGCAGCACUUGUGCUUUGCUUUAUUACAUAUCAUGGAAUUAUGCAUCUCAUUUACAGUAGUGACUCUUGCCGUUGGCUUUUGACGGAGGGUCGAUAUAAAGGAGACAAGGAAUGGCAACCCUAUGGGUGCAUGAUGCAUCAUUACACUCAAACGGAUAGUCGAAGGUGCCUCAGAUAUUUGGCCUUCAUGGGUCAUAGAAAUCAUUUUACAUUUUCUGGGGACUCGAGAGUGAGGCAACUGUACAAAACCUUCGUAUCUCAGUUCACGGUUGAUAGAAAAUCUUCAGACUUGGCAGAGUUACCCGAUAAUUCGGAUCUCAGCUUUAGCGAUGCUCAAUUAAGACUGAAUGUCCAGUUCCUCUGGAGACCAAGACUGGAUGAUGAUAUGAUAAAAGACUUUAAGUCUCAGAUGGAUGGUGUGGCCCCUAGUAUGAUAAUUGCGGGUUGUGCAGCAGCUGACAUUCUUGCCAACAAUGCCAGCGAAACUCAGCUCUAUUCCGAUUACAGUAAAAGGCUUGUAAGGCUGGUUCAACCUGCAGAUGCACUUGCAAAAAAAGGGAUUAGGAUGCUUUGGAUCAUGCAGGAUCCAGUGAUAACAGGGAGGCUUCCUUCGCAGCUUUCCAGUGUUGAUAACAGAAAGAUUAAUGUCUGCAACAAAGCAGCCACGGAGAUCUUGUCCCACAGUAGUGUUCAUCUUUGGGAGAGUAGUAGACUUGUCGGGGCUGGUGUCUUGGAACAAAGCCCCGAUGGAUAUCUAGCCAGCCCUCUUUCCCUCCGUCACAAGGUUCAGCUCCUACUCAAUAGCUACUGCAACGAUCACAUGAACUUUGAUGACGGAAGCUGCUGCAGUUAUCCGGAAGCUGCGACAACGCUCCAAUUACUAACGUUCUCCGUUCUUGCUCUGUGCACAGUAAUGGGUGGCAGCGCAUGGAUUUACCGGAAAAUAUCCAAACAACGUUCGGGUCAUUCGUACUCACGUGUGACUUUGCAGGAAGUAGAACGUAGCGAAGAUACAAUCGAGUGCGAUGAUCCGAAACUUGAGCAGCCCCAAGAGCAGGACUUCUACUCUUUGAUAACAUCAUUGGCUCUUCUUUCUGUGAUUUUAGCAUACUUCUAUCUCUGUGAUAGGACAAAUUUCUUCAUGAAAGAAAACAAGUACUACAGCGAGUUUAGCUUCUGGCUACCUCUAGGCUAUAUUUUAGCACUCGGCUUGUUUUUCACGGAAGAACGAGAGGGUGGUUCAAGAGCCCUAAAUAGAGAGCAGACGGACGAGUGGAGAGGAUUGAUGCAGGCUGUUGUAUUGAUAUACCACGUAACAGGGGCAAGGAAUGUCUUACCGAUUUACAUGCAUUUAAGAUUAAUCAACUCUGCUUACUUAUUUCUUUCUGGCUAUGGGCAUUUCUGUUACUUCUGGCAAAGGGGUGACGUAUCCCUAGUGAGAUUUGCAAGGGUGCUUUUCCGGCUGAACCUCCUUACCGUGUCGUUGUGUUUGUGUAUGAAUCGUCCGUACCAAUUCUACCAUUUUGUUCCCUUAGUUUCAUUCUGGUUUCUCAUCGUCUAUGUUCUUGCGUGGCUCCCACCUCGUGUACACUCAGGUAGUCUGGCUGAACACGGGCCAAGGGCGCUGCUCUAUUUAGCUCUAAAGCUCCUCGGUUUGAUGAGCGUUAUUACCGUUCUCUACAUGUCUGAGGUCUUCUUUGAGAAAGUAUUUGUCACGCGUCCGUGGAAGGCACUAUUUGUUACAACUGAUGACGACAUAAGAGAAUGGUGGUCUCGAUGGAGAGUAGACAGAUAUAGUGUGGCUUGGGGAGUUGGAUUUGGAGCAGGUUUACUUGCUCUGCAAAGGCUCGAUCACGUUCCAGGGAUUGCUUUGGCACCUCUUCUUGCGCUCGCCUCCCUGGUUGCCUAUACCAUAUUUACAAUAAUUUGUCAUUCCGCGUCCGAGUGCGAAGAAGUUCAUUCCUAUGUCGCUUUUAUACCAAUUAUUGGCUACAUCUAUCUCAGAAAUGCGACGAUAGCGCUGCGAGGAAAACACUCCGUGCUUCUCGCGGGAUUAGGCCGUAUCAGUCUAGAAGCACUCGUGGGUCAGGGACAUGUUUGGCUGGCUGCUGAUUCCCACGGAGUUCUGGUGCUCUUGCCCAGAUUCCCUGUGCUCAAUUUGCUCGUUACAUCGUUCAUCUUCAUUUGCGCGAGUCAUGAGAUUUGCAGGCUCACACACGUCCUCGCCCCCUAUGCUGUGCCGAAUGAUUGGAGGCACGUUGCUCGUAAUCUGCUACUCUUCAUUGCAGUUCUAGUACCAAUUGGGAUACACGAUGGAAUGUUCUGAUAAAUAAUUUCAAGAGUACCCUGAACCUUGUAGGAAGGAAG